AGACACUUUCGACACUUUGCAAAGACAAAGAGCCCUAAACCGGAGGGAGGAGAGAGGAGGAGGCAGAGAAGGAGCGUGAGGUUUGAGCUGGCUGGGUUUGACUCUGCUGAGCUAGCAAUGCCAUCAAAGAGCAACUGGCACCUGUUGGAUCUGUGAGCCAGAGCUGUGGGGCCGGGCAGUUGUAUCUGUGAGCCAGGGGCAGACAGUGGCUCGGCUUCCUGAGAUGAAGAAACUGAAACUCAGAGAGAUUAAGGACCUCCCCUGAUGUGGCACUUCUGGGCAAGGCCUUUUCUUCAUGUGCCAGUCAUCCCAACACGUGUCACAGCAGAGACAUGGUAGAAAUGCUGUAAAUACUUUAGUAACGGUGGAAUUAAUGCCUUCAUGGGAAUUCGAGAUGUUCAGCAAACCCUAUGCCUUCCAGGAGAUGCCCUUUCAGUCCCCAUUCCUUGGAACAGCCUAGGAGACACAGCUCUAAUUAAGGAUUAUUGGAGGAGGGCGGCCAAGCAUCCUCGCAUCCUGCGCCAAGACCUUUUACAGAUUGUCCAGGGGUUCGCUCAGGCUGAGAGUAACUAACUAAACUUGAUCCCCGUUUGAGCUGGGGAGAACACUGCUCUUCCCAGGUUUCACUCAAGUGUCAUCAAGCCACAUUCUUGACUUUGCUUGGGUUGCAGAAGAGGUAGACCACGCUGCUUACCAAUACAGGCAAGACUGACUGCAUGGCACAGACUACCCUCGUGUGCCACACAGCAAUGUCGAGAACACAAACCUAGGCGUGUCUCCAACAGGCUGAAGUUUGCCCUAGCUGCUUCUGAGAUCUCCCUGCGGACUCCCUUUCCUGCUGCCUGCUCCUGUGUCUCUGAGAUUUCUGUUCAGCUCUAGGAGGGGGGUCUCCUCUCUUCCACCCUCCCAUCAACACAGAGGACCCAGCAAAGGGUGGAGGUGGUGAACAUGAGGAGGAAGACCCUCAAGUACCUCACCUUCUUCCUGCUCUUCAUCUUCCUCACUUCCUUUGUCCUGAAUUACUCCAACACGGGAGUACCCAGUGCCUGGUUCCCCAAGCAGAUGCUCCUGGAACUCUCAGAGAACUUCCGCAGGUUCAUCAAGUCACAGCCGUGCACCUGCAGACACUGCAUCAGCCAGGACAAGGUAUCAUAUUGGUUCGACCAGCGCUUCAACAAGACUAUGCAGCCCCUGCUGACAGUCCACAACGCUCUGAUGGAGGAGGACACAUACCGGUGGUGGCUGAGGCUCCAGCGGGAGAGGAAACCCAACAACCUGAGCGACACCGUCAAGGAACUGUUUCGCCUGGUGCCUGGCAAUGUGGAUCCUAUGUUGAACAAGAGGCUGGUGGGCUGCCGACGCUGUGCAGUUGUAGGAAACUCCGGUAACCUGAAGGACUCCUCGUAUGGGCCUGAGAUCGACAGCCAUGACUUUGUGCUGAGGAUGAACAAGGCACCCACAGUGGGUUUUGAGGCAGACGUUGGGAGCCGGACCACCCACCAUCUCGUGUAUCCUGAGAGCUUCCGGGAGCUGGGAGAGAAUGUCAACAUGGUCCUGGUCCCCUUCAAGACCACCGACCUGCAGUGGGUGAUCAGCGCCACCACCACAGGCACCAUCACUCACACCUAUGUCCCCGUGCCCCCGAAGAUCAAAGUGAAACAAGAGAAGAUCCUGAUCUACCACCCAGCCUUCAUCAAGUAUGUCUUUGACAACUGGCUUCAGGGCCAUGGGCGGUAUCCAUCGACUGGCAUCCUCUCCAUCAUCUUCUCCAUUCAUAUCUGUGAUGAGGUGGACUUAUAUGGUUUUGGGGCAGACAGCAAAGGAAAUUGGCACCAUUACUGGGAGAACAACCCAUCAGCGGGUGCCUUCCGAAAGACGGGGGUUCACGAUGGUGACUUCGAGUACAACAUCACAACUACCCUGGCAGCCAUCAAUAAAAUCCGCAUCUUCAAGGGGAGAUGAUGCUGCGACCCAUUAAGGAUGGACACAACACAUCACACCUCUCAAUUUGCAGCCCCAACAUCUCCCAGGAGCCAGUGUGUUCCAGACGCUUCCGGGGCUGAACUCGGGGUGUUCCCAGGCUUUCUGGCAGCCCCUUGCACCCUCAUGUUGUUAUCAUCUACUUAGCAAAGUUGUCCAACUCUCCCAGGAUACAGAGCCAGUCUCGGGCCUGUCUACAGUGGGAGCACUUUCCCACCGCUGUCCCCUAGCUGGGGAAAAGCGAGCCAAUACCAGGAAAGGUCUAGCCUCCAAACAAGUUAUUUUGUCUUCUGAGUUGGAUUGGAGGGAGGGGAUGGGAGAAAAUAAAUCCUGAAGAUUCUUAUGUUCAAAAGAGUGAACAUUUCCCGGAAGUCAUUUAGAGGCUGCCACUGAACUGUGGGCCUCAUGCUCAACUCAGACUCUGGCUGGGAAUGUUUGGGCCAGUCAUCUGCAGAGCCACACUGGGCUACACCAGCAGAGGGGCAAGAUACCGUUCUCCUUUGCAUGAAGCCUAGCCUGUUAUUUGAGAUGACAUCCCCAUUGUCCCUUUCUUCAAUAAGGUCACCGGUGAUGGCUAGGCAAAACUUCUAACUCCAGAGGUCUUCCAGGGAAGCCUGGCCAUGUGUGGCUGACAGGAGUGAAACCCUGGUCACAGUUCUGCGUGAUUUUCCCUCCGUAGUGAUGCUGAUGGCCAGAGCAGGUCUGACUACUUCCACGUGCCUUUGAACUUGAGAAAGAAGUGCAUGCAUUGGCUGAUAGGAAGCAAAACCCCCAAUUGGAGAAAGGGGACCUCCACCAGCACCUCGCUUUGCUGCAUAGCUCAAAAUCUCUUUUCAAAUGCUAUUCCGCACCUCCACCCAGAAUAUACCAGGCAUGGGAUGGGUCCUCACUUCUAUUUCCUCAGACUGCUGGGUUCAGGACCACUAACAACCAGCAUCCUCCCAUGGGUCCUGAACACUGAGCCAAGUCCCCAGCAGCCACCUUCCUGGACUCGUUUGGGGCCGCACUGGGGACACUCUAGAACCACAACUGAAAUGCAUGUACCUCUUCUUCUUGGUUCUGUCUGCUCUCCCCUCCUUCCUCUAUGGAAAUCCUGAUUAUUUAUUGAUUUGUUAAUUCAGCUGACCCUGUGCACACUCUUCCCCAUGGCUGAUCACAAUGUGUUUUGUUGCUUUGCCUGGCAAGUGGGAGCAGGAACAGAAGGGAGAGCAUCCUGGAUGUAUGUGUUGAGACAUCAGGACUUGGGGCUUGCUGGCGGGCAGAUCCUGUGGCGCCGACAAUCCUUUGUAGAAUCCAUGUCACCUCCCUUUCUAGUACAAGUGACUUGCCCUCUUCCUCACUGCAGCAGGGAGGAGAGCGGGCACUUGGAGGUAACUGUCACCUCCUUACAGAUGUUCAAUAAGAGAAACCUCUGUUUCUGUUGAAAAAAUAGUCCCUAAAGACCACCACAACUUCAUCAAGGCAGAUUAUGAGAGAGGGAUCUUGAGGGUUGGGCCAUCUCCCUCUACUCAGAUUCCCCUCUGCAAGUAAGAGCUCGGGAGCCCCUCUCAACUUUGGGCUGUUCACAGACAUCACCAAAGAGCAGACACUAAGACUGUCAUUUCCUAGGAGUCUGUCCUGGGAGCUUUGGGAUUGCUUUUGUUUAAUUUUCGAUGGCUCAGAAUUCGGGCUUUUAAUGAGGGAACGAUAGGUUUCACCUUUUUUUUUUCCAUUUUUUAUUAGGUAUUUAGCUCAUUUACAUUUCCAAUGCUAUACCAAAAGUCCCCCAUACCCACCCACCCCCACUCCCCUACCCUCCCACUCCCCCUUUUUGGCCCUGCCGUUCCCCUGUACUGGGGCAUAUAAAGUUUGCGUGUCCAAUGGGAAAAUCUUCCUGCCAUAAAACCCUUGGCUGAAAAGGCUAGACUCCUGUGAGGUCCUUGCUGUGGAGGGCCCUCCUCAAGGGUCCCAGUUUGAGGAACUCAGCAGAUGUUUGUGGGUCAGCCCGUCAAUCCCUACAUCAAAUCAAAAAUAGUGGACGUUGGCUUAGGGGUGAGAGUUCAGGUGUAGCUGGGUUCUGAUGCAUGAGAGCAAGUACCUGCAGUGAAGGUGUAGCCAUUUCCAGCUGCUCAAGAAGUUCUUCUGCUCUCCAUUGGCCCCUCCCACUCCCUCUGCCCCCACCUGCCUUCCUGCCCCCUCUCCCUCCCUCCCUCACUCCCUCCCUCCCUCCCUCCCUCCCUCCCUCCCUCCCUCCCUCCCUCCCUCCCUCUUCCGGCCAAGGAGCCAAUGGAUCUCUUUCCUAUAACCCUCAUCCCUCCCCUGUGUUUCACUGGCUUAACGGUGGGCUCUUAACUGAAUAGAAUACAGUUGGUUGUGGCCAGAAUUAAGUGCACCAAUUAGUUUAAGGUAACUGGAGCUUUCCCUGGGUGUGAGUGACUGAGAACAGGAAAGGCCUUCCCCGAAGAGACUGGGCAGACUGCUGACAGAAAAGCUAGUCCUGGGUUCCAGGCAGAGAGCAAAGGGCUGGCUUCCAGUACAGAUUCUUAGUAGAAGAAUCUACUAAGUCCAAGGGAAUUGGAGGUGGGGGUUCUCAUCAUCACCCCAGAUGACUAACCAGGAGGCUGGUGUUUCUUCCACUCCCCUCAGCCUCUGUUAGGAGAGAGAGAAGCCGAUCUGUAGCCUUUGGUUCCUGGGCAUCAGACAUCAUUCAAUAAGCCAUGUGGGCAGGGUUAGUGGAACAGACCCCCAAAACAGUGAUAGAACCAGCAACCGUCUAGGUCUGUGACAGUCUAAAGGUCUGGAGACCAUAGAAGGAUAGAUACACAGUGGAUAUUGAGAACCUAGAGGGUGGCUUCACCUGUGCCCGUCAAAGAAGCCCCUGACAUGCAGUGUGGGGGAGGCCCUAGAUAACCCUGCACAGAGGACAGAGGGACAGCUGUAUGCCCUCAGGAACUGGCAGUUGGAACCACAGGUUCUAUCAUAGCCAGGUGGCUAUGAGGUGGGAAAGAUUGGAUCUAGGCAGCUCAGCCACAAAGGCCUGGCUAGCCAAUUUUCAGAUAGCAUCAGCUCUCCUCUUUGUCAUCCUCUCCUGUGCCGCAGGUGUUACCUAAGACCUCUAAAAAGCACCAGAGGGUGAAGAAAGAAAGCAGGGACCAGCAGAGUAGUGCCCCGAGCUUUCAGCCUCAAAGUUAGUAAAUGCGUCAUCAGCCAAGCCCGGCCUGGAACCUGCUUCCGCCUGCUGAACCCCAUCUUGACCUUCCUAACCUCUCUGCUCAUUUAGCUUUUACCCUGGCUCCGCCUGCCCAGGGUCUGCCCCAUGGCAACCGCUUUAACCCUUUCUCCAGAGCCUAAUCCGGAUCUUGCACACCCUACCAGAUGAACAUGGGUAACUCCUGCUGCCCCCCACCUCCUUGCACAAUCACUUUAACCAUUUCCCAAGAGCCUGAUCUGGACUUUGCUCAACCCACCCUAGUAGGUAGACAUGGGUUCCUCCUGCACCUCUAGGCACAAUCACUUUAGCCCUUUCCCAAGUCUGCUUCCGAGCCAAAGUUUUCCAAGCACUUUCUGCCCGAAAGCUCUUCCUUCCUUGCCUCCUGUGACCCAGCAUUGCCUGUUUAAACUUUGCUUUCUCCUGCCCACGUCUUGUAAUCCUCCUGAUUGGUCUGAAUGCAUUUCCAAUGAUGUCAGGGAGUCUGCCUUCCUCAGCCUCGGCUCCAUUUUAUUUAUUGUUGAAUAUUUCCAAUUAUUCAAAUCAAAGUGAAUAAAAAAAGAGCUAUUUUAUUGUU